UGUCACACUGCCAUGUUUUAAUUUUAUCGAGUUUGAACUUGACACUGCCGUCGAUAUUUUAUUUCUUCUACUUUCCUUUUCUCUUCAUUUCAGGAUUUGUAAGAGGCUAAUUGCCUCUCUGAUCUACAUGAACUGGUGUGUAUCAUACUGCCUUUACAGAAGAACUUUCAAUUUGCUCGUAUGUUUGAAUAGGCAUAUUUCGGCAAGGCGUCUUUUGGAUAUGAAAGUUGUUUUUCCUAUUGAUCGAUGUUAAGCUCCUUGCCGAUUUAUGCGAAAAUUUCAACAGCCUCAAAUAUGUACCCCGCUUGCAUCCAAUUAUGGCGCGCUGACUCGCGCCAUAAUUUUGUAUAUAUUUUUGUACAUACUAGACCAUGAAUGAGAAAACUGGGUUGCCUAUAAGUGCCUCUAUUCUACAUGAACUUGUUUUUCGUACUGCUUUUCAAAUAGAUUUUUAUAAGAUACCGGAACUUAUAUACUUGUUAAUCCUUUUAUGGCAUCGUCGUUUAGCGUUGAUUUCUUUAUCUUGGUGAGAAAACUCAUGGCAUAUAAAAGUCCAUCUUAUGUAUAUGAGUUUCGGAUAUUGCUA